GCUCGGGGCGGCCUGCGGCGGCGCUGCCGGCGCCUGCUCUACUGGGUGCCGGUGCUCUUCAUCGCCAGCAUCCUCUGCUGGUCCUACUACGCCUAUGUCACCCAGCUCUGCCUGUUGACAAUGACAAAUAUUGGAGAAAAAGUUGUGUGCCUGAUUGCAUACCACAUAUUUGUCAUGCUGUUUGUCUGGUCUUACUGGAAAACAAUCUUCACAUUACCAAUGAAUCCCUCAAAAGAAUUCCAUCUGUCUUAUGCAGACAAAGAACUGCUGGAGAGGGAGCCUAGAGGUGAAGUCCAGCAAGAUGUUUUAAGGAGAGCUGCCAAGGACCUUCCUAUAUAUACCAGGACAAUGUCUGGAGCAAUCAGAUACUGUGACAGAUGCCAACUUGUAAAGCCAGAUCGCUGCCAUCAUUGUUCCGUGUGCGACAAGUGUAUUUUGAAAAUGGAUCAUCAUUGCCCUUGGGUGAACAACUGCGUUGGAUUCUCCAAUUACAAAUUUUUUCUUCUUUUCUUGGCUUAUUCUCUACUGUAUUGCCUUUUUAUUGCUGCAACAGAUUUACAAUAUUUUAUCAAAUUCUGGACAAAUGGCCUUCCUGAUACUCAAGCCAAGUUCCAUAUCAUGUUUUUAUUCUUUGCUGCCACCAUGUUUUCAGUCAGUUUAUCUUCUCUUUUUGGAUAUCAUUGCUGGCUAGUCAGCAAGAAUAAAUCUACAUUAGAAGCAUUCAGAGCUCCAAUAUUUCGUCAUGGAACAGACAAGAAUGGGUUUAGCUUGGGCUUCAGCAAAAAUCUAAAGCAGGUGUUCGGUGAUGAGAAGAAAUAUUGGUUGUUGCCUGUUUUUACAAGUCUAGGUGAUGGUUGUUCCUUUCCAACUUGUCUUGUUAAUCAAGAUGCUGAACAAGCAUCCACACCUGCUGGACUUAAUUCAACAGCCAAAAAUGAGAGUCACCUUUUUCCCGCAAAGCCGUUACGAGACUCCCAGAGCCACCUUCUUACCGAUACUCAGUCUUGGACAGAAAUCAAUGCAAAUACUGAAAAGGGCAAAGUUGGUAUGAGCAAUCCUGCACUAGCCAUGGAAAAUGAAACCUAGUCACUCUUAAAGCCAACAUCUGAAUAAUUAAGAAAAGUUCAAAAUGAAGCUGUUGAUAGAAGGAAGGCAUGUCUUCCAGAAAUCAGCCUCUGUUGGCCAGCUGUUCCUGUCUGCUCCUGUGUGGAUACGCUCAGAAAAAUAUUGACAGCUCAUUAGCUGUCUCCAUGUCAUUGCUUGAAACAUUGAUAUUUUUUAAUUGUAUAAAGAAUGUUUCAGCUUACACAAAUUAUUGUUAAAAUGGUAAAGGAAAUUCUGAGUAUUAUAAAUAAGAAUCGAGAUUGACUAGUGGGUUGGACAAAAAUUACUAUUGUGCAAAUUCUGUGACUGAUUUUUACUUUUAUUAUGAUAGCACAAGAAAAAUAUAAAUUCCUUGCAUAUAAACCAAACUAUUACAGUGGCCAUAAAUAAGAUUGAGUUUGCACUGCUGACUUCAUUCAUGGAAAAAGUAUUAUGUGUUAUUACUGAGGAUUAUCUAGCUUGCUGAUUGAUCAGGUACCAUGUUUUCAUUUCAGUCUUGAAUAAGCUAAUUCUGAUUUGAAACCAAACUGUCUGAAAUAUUUUAGAAUGUUUUGGUAACUUGAUUGCAAAUUCCAUCCCCUUAUUUUCUAUGGACAGAUCUCACUGUUAAAUUCUAAAUACUCAGUUGUUGGAAUAACUUCUUAUUUGACUGGGUGGUAUGCUUACUAUCAGGGUUAAUCUUAAUUCUGAAUAGAAUAAGAAGCCUACAUUAAAAUGGGCUCUCUCUAAAGGUUCGUGUUUAGAUCAAGGCUUUUGGUUAGAGCUGCACAGUGCAAUCAGUUUCUGUGCUUGUAUUUAACAGAAAAACAGUGUGUGGUUUUAAUAUUGCUUACAGAACAUUUGAACCAAAAAGCAUACUCUAAAUUGAGUUUUUCAAGAAACACCAUCACCCAAAACCAGACCACUUCUUAUGGCAUGAUAGUGAUUUUACCUUUUCUUUCUUGCAUUUACUAUUGUAUUAUCAGAAAGUAAUGGUAUGUACAUACAAGAAGACUAUAUUUUGUUGUCAAAACAUAGCAUUUAUAAUAUUGCAGGGACAUUGAACAUCUGAUCAAAAGCCAAACUGAUUCCCAUUAAAAAACAGUUUUCAAUUAAACCAGAUGUGUACAUUUUCAAAAUCAGAUACUGGCUUUCAUAGGAUCAGAGUUUUUACCAGACAGAUUUUAAAAGAUGUAUUAAUUUCUAAAGCCAAGGAAGCUCCAGUGACACAAAUCUUGUGCCUUUUUAUGCACUUCAUUAAUGGUACUGCAAAAUGUUUACAUAAAAUGCAUGGUAAUCAUGCUAAUCGCAAAACAAUUCUUAAAAUUGUUGGCUUAUACUUUCUAGACUAGCUAGAAAGAAAGCUUUAAAAAAUGACACUUGAGGUUAUGGAAUUGGUACACAGAUGAAGCAGAUCUGCAGAUUUAGUCCUUGGAACUCGAAAGUCGAAUUGGAUUACAGAAUUAUGUUUAAAAAAGUGUGGACAGACGGAACAAUUCUGCUGCUGCUAACUGUUCUGAUGCAACUUUUAUAUUUGUCUGCUCCUCUGUAGGAAUAAGUGAGGCUAAACAGUUUUAACUUUAAACCCAUUCCAUUCUGGUCUUGCUCAUUUAACAAUAUACAAUUUAGGAGAUGAAAUGGUUGUAAGAACAGCAGGUAUGCACUCUCACCCAGCAAGUUCCCCUUAGCCUUCCUCUUUUAAAAUGAUUUGAAGUUAUUUUGUAUAUUUAUAAUUGCAGGAAGAAAAAAACCUUUCUGAAAGAAGCUGUGUUUAGAUCACAGGAACUGGAAUAAAUCGGAAUAUAUUAUUUUUCCCUUUUUGUUUCGGUAUUGUUUCAGAAAACCAUUAUCAUUAUACCUCUUUUACAGCAAGUAAUUCCAAAUUAAUCCAAUUCUUUUCCUUUGGCUCACUUUUUUUUAAAUGUUCUUCUUAAAGUGAUAAUGGUUGAUCUGACAUGGACUACCAGUUUUGAUAUAUCUUCAAUUCAUAGUUUUUACAUUUGGUUUUUUCUAUAAAGGCAGGGUAGGGUUUGGGUUUCUUUUUAGUUUUACUGAUCUGAAGACAUCUCAGAUUCUGUUACCAGAAGUGCCAGAAUAUGAUCCCUAAAUGUAAUAUUUUUAAACUAGUCUUUGAAGUUAGCACAUGGUUUAUGUGAUGCACAUAAACAUUCUGAAACUGAGAUUCCACAAUACAUUCUUUGUUCAGUGUUAUUCUGCCAAGAGCUUAUUUUGUAUCAGUGUUUUAUUUAAAGGCUGGUAACUGUCAGAAGUAGCAGAUGAAUAUAUCUUCAGUUCCUAAUGUUGUUGUAUUUGUAUACUCUUACUUGUUUUCACAUAAUUAUUGAGCUGGGGGUUGUCUUUCACAGAAGCGUGCAUUGAACUUACCUACAUAUCAUGGGACACGGAGAAGGUGGAAUUCUGUUUAAUGUGGCUGGCCUAGUAAAAAGCUGUACCCAAACAUAGAUCUCCUACCAUUUCCGUGGAAAGUAAGGGUAUCAGCAGCCUCUGUAACAUCAACCUGCCACCUCCCUUACCCCCGCUCUCCCCAUUAAGAACCAUUUUAGGGGAAGGCUGUGGAGUUCCUUGCAGAGUAUCCCUCUACCACCUUUUACAAGAUGAGGUGAUCCAGCUCUAGGGUAUCAUUUCUGAGUAUGGUCUUGGCUUGGGUACUACUUUGCUUCGUAUGUGGGAGGGAAAAUUUGAGUUAUUUAAAAAAAACUCUAUGGUUCAGCAAUUCUGUUGUUACAAUGCAAUUGUGAGGACUUUUGGUAUCUGGAGCAAAAGCACGAUAAUGUUGGCUGUCAGAUUACAUUGAAUCCUGUGUUUUACAUAACUAUGCUAGGCACUUUAUGUAAGUCUGCAAUAUGUAAGACUUGGUUUGGUUUGGUUUUUUUACAUGUAUGAACAAAAUGCUGUAUACUGAUUGAAACAGCCUGAAAAUGUUGUAGACAUUGAACCUCAUCCAUAGGCUACUUUUUGUAAAAUACAGCUUCAAGUUUGCUAUGUAUAGACACCCGUGCACACCUGUGUUGACACGUAAUUUUAGUGGGUUACAGGAUGACUAUAAGAAUCUAGCCAAGCAGACCUGGAUCCAUAACUAAAUUGCAAUUAAGUUACUGCAUAUGGAGACAACUAUAUCUAUUGCUAGAUACUCAGGUUUGUGAAUAGGUUGAAUAAACUAUUAGUAGAGUAAAACAGGUAGUAAAUACACAGAUCCUGUACUCAAAUUAUGUAACUAAAAUGUUUUGUUGUAAUUUCUAAAAUCUCAUCAAAUGUAAAAUUAUUUUUAUGAAGAACAGAGAGAAUCUAAAUGUUAAUGAGCUGCUCCCAUUAAAUCAGUUUAUAACUGUAAAUUAGGUACUGGCCAUGUUUUCAAUAUAUACUUGAAAGAUCUGUUUGAAAAGAGAGAGGGGAUUCUGAAAAUAGUUAGAUUGCAGUCUACAGUUGAGAGAUUAGUUUUCAAGUAAAACUAAACUAGCACACAUGUUGGUACGGAAGUUGAAUAUAUUAGAUGAAUGAAAGCUAGCCUUUUUAAAAAAUAUAUUCAUUUUUAGUAGAUGUUUGAAGUUUUUACAGGCAUAAGUCAAAUGUUAAGAACAAGUCUUGAAUCAAAAUCUGAGACUGUCAGGAUGAAGGAAGAAUGUGGUUAAAACUGCUCGUUUUAGUGCAUGAUACUACUUAGCACACUACUUUUAACCACUGUUUCUGCUACUUCCCUUGAUUAUCUUGGUCCCAGUGUAAUGUAUGGGCUGAAAUCAUUUUUGUAAGUGUUUCUACAUAUUUUGGUGUACAGAGUUAACAGCUAUUAAUGUAGUAUAUAUGUGAUUAAAUGCUUUGUGCAGCAAAUCUAUCAUAUACAUAGUAGAGGCAAAGUAAUCUUUAACCCUCUUCUUCCAUCCUCAUUUCUGUAGCUUAAUGGCACUUACU